AUGGAAGCCCGUCUGAGUACGUAUAAAUCGGGCCAUGGCCUAGAGGAAUUAUUCAGUAAUAAUUUGGAGCAAUUCUGGCACACAGAUGGUAAUCUGCCACACUACAUAGAACUAGACUUCAAUGAAAUAAAGAGAUUAGUAAGCAUACGGAUGAACAUAGGACAUACGCAAGAUAAGAGUUAUAUUCCAAAGGACAUAGAAAUACGGUACGGAAAAACAAGAGAAAUGGCAGAGGGCACAAAAAAUGUUGCAAUUACAGACAAAAUGCCGGUUGUAAAUAUCGCAAUCGAUGAAUAUUGCUGCUACGUCCAGAUUAUCAUCACAAGCAACCACCAAGAAGGCAGGGACUCAAGAAUUCGAGGUCUUUCGCUUGCCUUCCUUGACUGA